UAAAGCAACAUCCGUUAUUUUAGCGUUUGACCGACGAAGAGCAGACACGAAAAAUUUGUUUAAGGUCGAAACCAUGUCGUCAAAGGCGGAUUUGCAUACUAGCAUCAUUAAUUCUUCCGAUUGGACUCAUAAAUGCGUUACCUGCCCAUUUGACAAAACGCACCGUUUGAUGCCGAAUCGCUUGGCGACCCACUUAUACCGUUGCGCCCGUAAUUAUUCCGGCGUUGAGAUGAAACGCUGUCCAUUCGACAUUUCUCAUGUGGUAUCCGUGGCCGAUAUGCAGGAUCAUGUUUUGUCGUGUGUUUAUCGGUCGAGCUUUGAACGCUUUCAAUGCCCUGAUAAAAUGCCAAUUAAACCAAAUACUGGUCUAAUAAUGCAGAUCAUUGAAACUACUGAAGAUUGGGAUAAAGAACCAGAAGUACCCUCGUACGAUCCGUCAGUUUAUUGCGCCAAUAAUCCUGUGGUACGCACUCUUCAUGGUGUCUCAGCGGCCACGCGUCGUAAUUUCCGUGAAUUUGAACGUAAACGUUUUCGUUCAUUUCCUAAGAAACGAGAAACGGUUGAGCAGACCACCGAUUUUAUUGAAGACAAUAUUUUCAGCAUUAAUGAGGAGUAUGAAGAGUAGAAUAAAUUAGAAAAGGCUUCUAUAAAUUUAUCGACAUUAAGCAAAAUAAAGUUUCUAAUAUUCUGUUUAAAAUCUAA